AUGGCAGAUCCGUUAUCCGUCGCUGGCAGCGCUGUCGGGAUCGUGUCACUAGGUCUCACAGCCGCCCAAGGCCUCAUACAGUAUUACCAAGCAUAUCGCGGUCAAUCUGAAGAUGUCGCCCACACAACCACGAAGCUUGAACACCUCUUGGAUCUGCUAGAGAAUUUGCAAAUCUUACUCAGCAGUCGAAAAUCUGACGCCAAAGACGGUGAUCUUCUGGAUAAAGUGAAUUCAUAUGUGGAAGAUUCCUACGAGCCCAUUCAGGAACUGGAAGAACAGUUGAACAAGCUCAGGAAAACUUCUGAUCGCGAUGUUAUUGCGAGUUUGCAUAGCUUCGGCCGCCGGCUUGUCUAUCCAUUGAGAAAGAGCACACUGCAAAAGCUGGAGGCUGACAUUGACGACUCAAUGCAAGUCAUAUCGCUUGCAUUACAGCUUCUUCAGAAUGGAGAUUUGAAUAGAGUGCAGGAUGAUGUAGCAGCAUUGCUGAAGCUCGUGGAGGCCGCUUCUGUUAGUAGUGAAGUCAGGUCGUGGAUUAAUGCUCCAGACGCCAGCAUCAAUUUCAAUGAGGCUGCUAGGAAAAAGCACACCGGCACAGGCAGCUGGUUCGUUGAAGGAUCGCAAUUCCAAGACUGGUUGGUGAAGCCCGCUUCUUUUCUUUGGAUUGUCGGCUUCGCUGGCUGUGGCAAGUCUGUUUUGAUGACGACUAUCAUCGAGCAUACGCAGCGUCAUCAUCAGUUAAAGCAAGGAAUCGGCAUUGCUUUCUUCUUCUGUACUUUCAACGAUGAAACCAAGCAGCAUUGCUCAGCUAUGCUUCGCUCCAUCAUUUUGCAGUUGUCCAGCCAACUCGAUCAGAGAGACAGUCCUCUUUCCAGGCUAUGGAGGCGUUCUAAGUCCCACUCUCCCACCGAUCAAACCCUCUUAGAAUGUCUACAUCAACUUGUGCACUGUUUCAAAGAUGAUGUUUAUAUUCUAAUUGAUGCUUUAGAUGAAAGCCCUUCAGGAACAUAUCGAGACGGAGUCCUGGAUGCUCUAGCCGAGAUAAGAGAUUGGGGCGAGCCUCGGUUGCAUCUCAUCGUAUCCAGUAGAGACUGCUCCGAUAUUCGUUCAUCGCUUCUCAUAACAUCUUCUGAUGAAACUAUGAUAAAGAUGAGAAACGAAUCGAUUGACAAGGAUAUCAACAAUUUUGUAUCUCAGCAUCUCCGUACCCACCAAAGGUUCCGAAAGUGGAAAGAUUACUAUGAUCAGAUCGAAGCCGCCCUCGUCGAUGGGGCUCAAGGCGUAUUCCGCUGGGUAGAGUGCCAGUUCACGGCAUUAGCUAGGUGUCCAACAAGUGAAUACAAUCUGAAGCGCACUCUACAAUCACUCCCGAAGAGUUUAGAUGAGACAUAUGCACGCAUGCUUCGAGACGUGGAUCCCAGCUACCGAGAGGACGCCCAGCGUGCCUUGAACUUGCUUUGCUGUGCAAGGCGUCCUCUGCAGGUCGAAGAGCUUAUGCAAGCGAUAGCCGUGGAGAUGGGCGAUUCGCCGAAGUACAAUUCAGAACGCCAACUCAAGAGCAGCGAGGAUCUUCAGCAGAUAUGUGCCGGACUCAUAGAUAUUGAUAUUCGAUUUACUGAUCGAUCUGGCCGUGGUAUGAAAGAAUUAGACCUACCUUUCAGCACAAUCAUCGACAAUCGUUACGAGGUGGUGCGGAUCGCCCAUUUUUCCGUCCAGGAAUUUCUGAAAUCAGAUCGGAUACAAAAGUCAAAAGACUUCCAAGACCUGGUCGGUUUUCACGUGAGCAUGCAGGAUGCCAAUGAUCAAAUGGCGGGUACUUGCCUCGCCUUUUUGUUGGAACCCCCAAUACUCAAACCGAAGAGCUCAAGAUAUUCUUCAUUCGCAUCUAAAUAUUUGGUGAAUUAUACACCCGCCUAUAUAUCCUUUGAGGAUUAUGCAGCACACUGUUGGGUCGACCAUUUUGACGAAUGCUCUUCUAGUUCCUCCACAAGGGUGCAAGUUUUUCGUCUCUUUUUCGGGGAAGGUGAUGCAUUUGAGAAAUGGAUAUCGAGGCGGAGCCAUAAAAUCGAUUCAAAAACCAGGCCAUCACUACUUUACUAUGCCUCAUAUUUUGGACUAACUCCAAUUUUUGAUGCUCUCGUAGAUAUUGGCCUAUCAAAAGAACUAGCCGCAACAUAUAAUGGGUGCAUUCGAGCUGAGCCGGUCUUUCUUAACGAAGUGACUAGCUAUGGAACAGCUCUUCAAGCAGCAUCAGUAAAUCGCCAUAUUGAGAUUAUGAAGCUGCUUCUUAAAGAAGGUGCUGAUAUCAACCAAGAAGGCGGUUACCUUGGAAGCAAUGGUUACCCUGGAACAGCGGUUGAAGCUGCAUCACUGGGUGGCUGUUUAGAGGCUGUUCAGUUACUCAUCGAAAAAGGAGCUCGUAUCAAUGAAGUGGUUGUUCGAUUUCUCAUCAAGAAAGGAGCUUAUGUUGAUCAAGAGGCUGGUCAUCACAAAACACCUCUCCGAGCUCGUUCAGAACACCGUCGCUCAGACAUUCCUCAGCUACUUCUUAAAGAAGGAGCCAAAAUCAACUAUGAAACUGAUGUCGCAAUAUCCUUUCAGCCUAAGUCAAGAUGGGAUACGAGAGGUUGUGCAAAUAUCUCUCAAAUUGGGGUUCAAGCCGAGCAAGGGCCUGCCUGA